CACCCCCAGUCACACUGCAGAAGCUCCCUGUGCCCAUGGGGCCAUCUCAGCUUGUCCGUGGCCCUCGGCCCCAGGGCAUGCGUUCCCCCUACCGCAGGCCAGGUAUGGGCUGGCCCAGGCCCCGGUUUCCCAGAAUGUUCAAGUGUAGCCGCAGAAGAUAUCAGCAGGGUCUCCGAGGUCGAACUGCCAGCAGUGCAGCCAUCAAUCCUGCCACCAGGGCCAUGGGUAUCAACAACACCCACACUGACACCACCAUAGUGUGGAUCUUCCCACCUCAAGUCAAUCCCUGGGAGGCAGGCCACUAUUCCCCAUCUAUAGAUGAGAAAACUGAGGCUCAGAAAUGGACAGCUCUGGACCACACCUCACAGUGCCUGGGGAGCAGCCCAGGGGAGAUGGCAGGCAGGUGGAGAAGGAAGUGGUGGCGCACUGGGACAGUUGGCACAGGUGCAGGAGGAGCAGGCCAGGCCAAGCCACGGAAUCAGGAGGUACUGAAGCCCAAGUAAGAGUUUUCAGGAGAGAGGGAGUAGACUGAGUGUUGGGCCCUAGGACUGGGCUUCCCUGGAUACUAUCCCACCCCCUGAGCCUUGGGAGAGGUGGAAAUGACCUUCCUCUGCACCAGCGUGCCCAGAGAAGAGAGCCUGGAGCUGAGACUUGCAACUUCUAGAAAACAAACACAAAACUGAGGCCAAGAGAGUGCUGACUACUAUUACCAACAAAAUUCAUUAAACACAAUUUUU